AUGAAGGCCUCAUUCGCCCUCCUCGCCGCUGGCGUCGCCCUGGCUACCGCCCAGUCGCUGAGCGACCUGCCACAGUGCGGUCAAACAUGCAUCAGCAACUUGCAGGGCCAAGCCUCUUCCCUCGGAUGCUCCUCCUCGAGCGAUGCCGCCUGUCUCUGCUGCAAUCCUGACUUCGGCUACGGUGUUCGCGACUGCGCCAACGAGGCAUGCGCCAACUCUCAAGACGCUCAGUCUGUCAUCUCUUUCGGCACCAACUACUGCCAGACGGCUCUCAAUGGCCAGUCUUGCCCCGCCCAGUCCGGUUCAAGCAGUUCCAGCGGUUCAAGCUCUGGCUCUGCGACUGGCUCCGGUGCCUCUGCGACUGCCUCUGAGACUGGCAGCAACACCACGAGCGCCUCUUCAACCGCCAUCACCACCUCUGCCUUGACCGCCCUUGUCUCUUCCGGCGACUCCAGCUUCACCACCACUACCGGCUCGACCACCAUCUUCAGCAUCAUCGGAGCUGGCAUCGCGGGCGCAACUGGAUCUGCUGCCUCUGGCGCUUCUUCUGCCGCCUCUGACGCUUCCACUGCCGCGUCUGGUGCCGCCUCCGCUGCUUCUUCGGCUGCCUCUGAUGCUUCUUCUGCAGCUUCUUCUGCCGCAUCUGAUGCUUCCACCGCUGCAUCAGGUGCUGAAGCCUCUGCUUCGUCUGCUGCUGGUGCUGCUGAGUCCUCCGCCUCUGGCGCUGUCGAAUCUGCCACCGGAUCCAGCUCGUCUUCCUCCGCCGGUGGUGCCAUUGCGACUGCCGCUCCUCAGAUCAUCGGUAUGGUCGCCCUGGCUGUCUUUGCUCUCUAA